UAGUUAACACUUUCAAAAUAAAACGCAAACUAACAAAUAUGAACUGAAACACUCUUGCCUUUAAAAAGUGGCAGUCUUAUUUUGAAGGACAUAUCCCCUGUUAUUUAAACACCAUCUGGGUGACUUGAUGGAGAUUGGAACUUUAAUAGCUAACUAGCUAGCCGUUAGCAGAUUCCAGCAUUUGUUUAGUAUCUGUUUGAAGAAACUACGCAACCUUUAAAAAUACUUAAUGUGUUUCAACCAGGACAACGUCAAAGUAAAGCAUGGCAAUGACUGGCCCCAGCUCGUGCUCCUCCAUGAGUAACCACACCAAGGAGCGGGUCACUAUGGCCAAAGUUACCCUGGAGAACUUCUACAGCAACCUCAUCGCCCAGCAUGAGGAGAGAGAGAUGAGGCAGCAGAAGCUGGAGAAAGUGAUGGAUCAAGAGGGCUUGGCAGAUGAGGAGAAACGUAUCCGCCGUUCUCAGCAUGCAAGGAAAGAGACUGAGUUCUUGCGUCUGAAGCGGACUCGACUGGGUCUGGAGGACUUUGAGUCCCUGAAGGUGAUUGGCCGGGGAGCGUUUGGAGAGGUUCGUCUGGUGCAGAAAAAAGACACCGGACAUGUGUACGCCAUGAAGAUCCUUCGCAAAGCCGACAUGCUGGAGAAGGAGCAGGUUGGUCAUAUUCGGGCGGAACGGGACAUUCUGGUGGAGGCUGACAGCCUGUGGGUGGUCAAAAUGUUCUACAGCUUCCAGGAUAAGAUGAACCUCUACCUCAUUAUGGAGUUCCUACCUGGAGGAGACAUGAUGACCCUGCUGAUGAAGAAAGACACACUGACGGAGGAGGCCACUCAGUUCUACAUUGCUGAGACGGUGCUGGCCAUCGACUCCAUCCACCAGCUGGGCUUCAUCCACAGAGACAUCAAACCAGACAACCUGCUGCUGGACUCCAGGGGUCAUGUGAAGCUGUCUGACUUUGGUCUGUGCACAGGGCUGAAGAGGGCUCACCGCACCGAGUUUUACAAGAACUUGAACCACAGCCUGCCUAGUGACCUCAGUAAGCAAACCUUCCAGAACAUGAACUCCAAGAGGAAAGCAGAGACGUGGAAGAGGAAUAGGAGGCAGCUGGCAUUCUCCACAGUUGGAACCCCCGACUACAUUGCUCCAGAGGUCUUCAUGCAAAAUGGAUACAACAAGCUGUGCGAUUGGUGGAGCCUGGGUGUCAUCAUGUACGAGAUGCUGAUAGGUUACCCUCCGUUCUGCUCGGAGACGCCUCAGGAGACGUACAGGAAGGUGAUGAACUGGAGAGAGACGCUGACCUUUCCUCCGGAAGUGCCUAUAUCAGAGAAGGCCAAAGACCUGAUCCUGAGGUUCUGCUGUGAGGAAGAGCACAGGGUCGGUGCUGCAGGUGUGGAGGAGAUAAAGUCCAAUCCAUUCUUUGAGGGGGUGGACUAUGACCAUAUCAGAGAGCGACCUGCUGCCAUUCCCAUCGAGAUCAAGAGCAUCGACGACACCUCCAACUUCGACGAGUUCCCCGACUCCGACAUCCUCACACCGACAGUCGCCCCAGUAUCCAACCAGAGCGAGGUGGACCUGAAGAACAAAGACUGGGUCUUCAUCAACUACACAUACAAACGCUUCGAGGGCCUGACCGCCCGGGGAGCGAUACCGUCCUACAUGAAGUCCGGGAAGAGAUGAGCGCCUCCACACGGGCUCUUAACCGGCACGCCUCUAAACCCCGAAGAGAGUAGUUCAAGGAGAGGAGCACCCAUCGUGUUCCCUGAGGAUCAUCGGUCACACAGAACUCAGAGAAUAAUAAAAGGGCCGCUCAGUUUCACCCGCUGCUUCUUCCAGGAACUGCUGCCUUCAUUUCUGCAGGUCUUCACUUCUGGCGCUUCCAGGGGGCACCAUUCUACUUCCUGCUCUCACGUGAGGGCUGAAGUGGGAUUAAAGUGAUUCUCUCUGCUUGCCUUUCUUUAUCUCCCACUGGAUGCACUCCUGAUACCAGCACGCAUUACAUUCUCUCUCUGAAUCCAGCAUCUUCUCCUCUCCAGCCAGGACGUUACGCCACUCAGCCUUUUUCAUGUGGACUCACCAACUCAGACAUUCACUUGAUGUGAAUCAGGGAUUCUGUCCAAACGUGUGUCUCUAUGAUUGUCCUCUGAAGUGCUGCUGGUUUCUGACCUUAACCAAAGACUGAGCUGAAUGCUGUUUCUGCUUGAUCUCUCCGUCUCCUCUCCUAACUUAGUUGCUAUUUGUAAUCGCAGGGGUUGCUCCUUUUAAAAGAGAAUAUAUGAGUGAUGCAUUUUGUAGAACAAACACAAAGCCUCGUGACAUUUUGUCACAGUGACCCACUGAAGUAGUGCACCUUAUGUGCUGUUUGAUCCAGCAGCACCUACAGCUCAUUCCUGAGUGGGUUUUGGAUUUUUCUUUUUUUUAUUGGACAGGACAGGGGAUUGAAGGCACCAUUUGGCAGUUCAAAUGAACAUGAUGCAGAUCCUCACCAUGGGGGGGAGAAGUGGGGGGAGGCGGGGUCAUCAUGCAAACUAAUGCAAUUUUUGUAGUCGUCGCAGCCGUUUGAGCCACUUUAGCAGGAAAACAGCGUGUGAGACGUGACCAUCUGAACUCACCACAAGGCAGCCGCAGUGUGAACUUUUUUAAUAAAGACGCACCGGGCGAAGCAUCUUCCAGUGAACACAAUAUCCAACAUGCUGUCAUUUAAUAUGAAUGUAAAAGUCUUACACAAUUAUUCCAAAAUGCUGUUUGUGUGAAUGUAGCCUGGACCAUUCAGUUUCUCUUUUUCUGUUAUAUUUAUCUGUAUCCGAGCACACGGCGUAGAGCUAUGGGAGUCCAUUUCAGUUUGUAUGUAAAUCUGUAUUGAUAUUCUUGUCAAAUUUUUGAUUUGAUCAGCUUUUACUUCAUGCGUGUAUUACGUCAUAUUAUUGACUGAUCUCCUAAUUCUAAUGUCUGUCGUAACAUUAAUCAGGAAUUGGUUGAUGUUUAAAGCUUUCUAUAUGCUUGUCAGAAUUAUGACUAAAACCAUAUUUGAAGGUCUUAUAAAUCAAAAUCUGGUUUCCACAGUUUGAACUUUUCAGAGAUCGCUAAAAGUGACCCAUUAUUUUAUUGGUAGGAUUUUUUUUUCCCUCAUGUUUUCCUGCAGCAAUGGAAUGGAGCAAUGUAAUGCAUUUUAGAAAAGCAUAGGGAGCUUCCUCCUACGGCAGGGGUGACUAUUUUAUGUUAUUGGAAUGCUGCAGCUCGGCGUGUAUCUUUUUAGUUUUUACCAAUGCAGAUGGGUCAGCUUAAAGCAAUAUAGCACAUGGAGCGACGUAUUGUUGAUGCUGCCACUCGACGCGUGUGUGUGUGCGUACGAGGGUUGAACCGAUGCGCAUGUUUACGGGUGACGCUCUGACAUGUGGUUGAUCUUGUCGAGUCAGAAGUGGGCUUUUUCUUUGGGAAGGUGGGUGUACAUUAUUUAAACCACCGUUCUCUUUGUAGCGCGUGGCUGUUUGUUGUUUUCUGCUAUAUGACAAUGAAAUACUCUGCACUUAC